CAGACCUCAGGGUCAGAAGUUCAUUGAGCUAGAUAGUUUUGAGAUAAAAGUCAGACACUUUUCUCAAUUGCCUCGUGCCAGGAACACUGAACACUCACCAAAUUUCUCUCAUUAGAGCGUUUCUCUAGGAUAACCCAACCUAUACAAUGUGGAUGCAACAAGGCUGUCGUGGGCUUGCAAAAAGCACCAGGCGAAAAGAUGACGACAGUAAGCCACAAUCUAUGAUUACCAGUGCAUACGGGGACGAAUACAUGUACAAUGCAUAUUUGGCUAAGAAUACUUUUCAAUUACCGGCGGGCAAAGAUAGCGUCUAUCUCGCCAACCCUUCGAUGAACGAGCUAAUGCGAGCUAUUCAAAGUGGCUCCUCAUUUAAGCGCGUCGUAGUAUCGAUGAUUGUCCCAUUGCCCAGAACUUUCCAGCUGCUGGCACCAGCGAACUCUCCUCGCCAUCAAAAUGUAAGACUUACCCCAAAUGUAGUGCACCGAAGACAUUCUUUCGAUCACCAGUUGCAUCAGCAGCGAGUGGGAAAGUCGUCAAUUCAACGACUGCCGAGAGUGCACUCGCAGGGCGAUUUGUUGCAGCCAAGGCUGUCGUUUUGUGAUGAGAUGAUCUCUAGAGAUGCCCUGCCAGUGCGCGUGGCUCCUUUGGAAACGCCCACGAAGCCCCAGGAACUGGCGACCGAGGAGCCGAAUAAGAAUGCAUGCUAUUGGAUUGGCUUGGCACACUUGCUAUUGGUGAUUUCUUGCCUGCGCGGUCUCUUUUAAGCAAACAUUCAAGUAGAGAACUUCUGAAUAGUGUUUUUACCCGUCUUACAGCGUACAGCCCUUGAAUAUGUAUUAAACUCUUCCAACAUGCCGAA